GGGAAGUGGGGUUUGCGGGGGCAGGCUGGCUGCAGGGGAAGGGAUCAAACGUAACCGUCCCCCUGGGGAAGGGGACCAGUCCCCGACUCCCUGGCUCUUCCGCUCUCUGCCGUAACUUUGGGGUGUGGCAGGGGUUAGUGACGGGCGUUUACCCCGGAUCUGGGCGUGAAGGAGGCUUGUGGUCACGAUGGGGUUAGAGUCUUUCUCGCGGCCACUGGGGGAAUAAAACAAAUGUUUGUAAACCGGAUUAUCCGCGCUGACUUGGGGCCUCCUCUACUGCUCUUCUAAGUUAAAGGCCUGUUCUCUCAAACUUCCUCCCCUCUCUCCCUCCUCUUCCAUCUCUUUACCAGCCAGGCCCAGCCGGGGACGGGGUCAGGGCCACCAGGUUCUUGGUAAGCUUGAAAGACUUGAGUGUAUAAGACUGUGUUAAAGUGAGUCUGUGUGAGAGAAGGAAGAUCUUGUGGUUUGCUGCAGUGUGAGUGUUGGGGGGAGUCCCGGAGUCCCAGAGCCUCACCAUGUCAGGGAAACGGAAGCGAGUGGUGUUGACUAUUAAAGACAAGCUUGAUAUCAUAAAGAAACUGGAAGACGGAGGUUCUUCCAAACAACUGGCAGUGAUUUAUGGAAUCGGUGAGACCACAGUUCGGGACAUAAGAAAAAAUAAGGAAAAGAUUAUAACUUAUGCCAGCAGUUCUGAUUCCACAAGUCUCCUGGCAAAGAGGAAAUCUAUGAAGCCAUCCAUGUAUGAGGAACUGGACAGAGCAAUGCUGGAAUGGUUCAACCAGCAAAGAGCAAAAGGGAAUCCUGUGUCUGGACCAAUUUGUGCAAAAAGGGCAGAAUUCUUCUUUUAUGCAUUGGGAAUGGAUGGUGAUUUUAACCCCUCUGCUGGUUGGUUAACUCGUUUUAAGCAGCGGCACAGCAUAAGAGAGAUUAACAUUAGAAAUGAGAGAUUAAAUGGAGAUGAGUCUGCUGUGGAAGAUUUUUGUAACAACUUUCGAGACUUUGUUGAACGUGAAAAUCUGCAACCUGAACAAAUCUACAAUGCAGAUGAAACUGGACUCUUUUGGAAAUGUCUGCCUUCCAGGACUUCAGUAAUCAAAGGUAAAUGCACUGUCUCUGGGCACAAGUCAGUUGAAGAGAGAGUCACUGUCAUGUGUUGUGCCAAUGCAACAGGUUUACACAAACUUAAACUUUGUGUUGUGGGGAAAGCAAAGAAACCUCGCUCCUUCAAGUCAACAGACACCUCAAACCUGCCAGUCUCUUAUUUCAGCCAAAAAGGUGCAUGGAUGGAUCUUUCCAUUUUCCGACAGUGGUUUGAUAAGAUCUUUGUGCCACAAGUUCGAGAGUACUUGAGAUCCAAAGGCCUGCAGGAAAAGGCUGUGCUCUUGUUGGAUAAUUCACCAACACAUCCAAAUGAAAAUGUCCUGAGGUCGGAUGAUGGCCAAAUAUUUGCUAAGUAUUUACCACCUAAUGUUGCUUCAUUGAUUCAGCCUUCGGAUCAGGGAGUCAUAGCGACAAUGAAGAGAAACUAUCGUGCAGGUCUUCUCCAGAACAACUUGGAAGAAGGUAAUGACCUGAAAUCAUUCUGGAAGAAGCUAACUCUGCUUGAUGCACUUUAUGAAAUAGCAAUGGCAUGGAAUUUAGUAAAGCCAGUUACCAUUAGCAGAGCAUGGAAGAAAAUUCUCCCUACUGUAGAGGAGAAAGAAGGCUCGGACUUUGAUGAAGAAGAUAUUUCAGUGGCUACUGUGGCCACCAUUUUACAACACACGAAAGGACUGGAAAAUGUGACUACUGAGACUAUUGAAAAAUGGCUUGAAGUGGACAGUACUGAACCAGGUUAUGAAGUGUUAACUGACAGUGAAAUCAUCAGAAGAGCACAAGGCCAGACAGAUGAAUCCAGUGAAAAUGAGGAGGAGGAAAUAGAACUGAUUCCAGAGAAACAUAUUAAUCAUGCAGCUGCUCUCCAAUGGACUGAAAAUUUAUUGGAUUAUCUAGAACAACAAGGUGAUAUGAUUCUGCCUGAUAGACUGGUGAUACGUAAACUUCGAGCCACCAUCAGAAAUAAACAGAAGAUGACAAACUCGAGUCAAUAAUGGCAAUUCAAUGUUAUCGUUUUGGUAUUUGUGUUUGUCCUCUUAACCUCUUUGCAAUAUGGCUUAAUUUUCUUGGUAUGCUAAAUUCUCAGACAGUCCUGUGAAAUACAGAUACAAACAUGUAUCUAUAGUGGUUUGAGGAUUAUGUGUUUUGCAUCAUCUUUCUCUUGUCCUUUUAUUUGUACACAUAAUUGGAAGCUGAUUCUAUAUAGAUAUAAUUUCAUGUACACGUGAAUUCGCUUUUGUAGAUCUAUAAUUAUCCCUUCCAUUACACUGGUAUUCCCUAAAUUUUCUAGCAGAAGUUACAGAUUACAGUGAGCAGAUUGAGCACUUUCCUGAAUUCUGUUGUUUGAUUUGUGAGGGCUGCCACAGUAAACUUUUCUUGUGCUAACCAUCUUAAAAGGCUAUCCAUUUUGUAUAUCUGUAUACGGUGAUGGAAUGAGAAAUAUGUAUAUUGUUAGAUUUCAGGGUGAUCUAUAAUAAUUCAAAGUGAAGCCCAAUCAUGAGGAGGAAACAGUGACCUAUGAAUUAUAAAAAGAAAUCAUUCAUCUAUUCUCUUAUAUUUGGGUGGGAAGAGGGAGAGAUUUUUCUGGAAAUGAAGUAAAUAUAAUAUAGGAAGUGGUUGCUAAAUUAGAAAACUAUUGGAAAGCUGAUCUAUAAUGAGAUAUUCUGAUCUAUUUUAGAAAAAUUGGAGUUGAAAAUUUUGGGAACUUUAGGUUAUUUAUACAAAGGGAAUAAAUAGGCUUGUUUUAAUUGGGUCUUUUUAUUAUAUUAUGAAUUGGUUAACAGUAUAGGUUUAUUAUUUAUUCAUCUAAUUAUAGUACAGAUUUUGUGAUGCUACAUGUGGUGAUAUGAGCCACCCCCUUACAUGUGGGGGAAUGUCUUGGGAAUUUGAAAGUUUUGUGUUUUUUUUUACUGUGUGUUUGAAAAUGUCUAUAAUUUGAAAAAGUUUGUCAUAUCUUCCCUUUUAUUUGAUGUGAAAAGGAGAAAUGAAUAGUUUUUAUUAUUUUAAAUAAGCCAUAGGUUGUGACCUGUUUUAUGAAGAAAGCAGAAGUAAUUAUGGAAAGUGUUGUUGUCUAGGUAUUUCAUCAUUUAUUAUUUUGACACUUAUAAAAAUGUAUUCUUCUAGAGUUCAAGUCAGAAUUUUUAUAAAUUUGCUUAGUAAACUUACUGUUUACUCAAGACAUUGAAAAGUCUUUACCUAUGUGAAUGUUAGUUUAAUUUGUAAUUUAAAAGCAAAGUGUCUCCAUAUUAUUUCAUGUUUUGGCCCUAAAUUAAAAAAAAUUCUUUAUCAGUCAUUUUUUAAAAGUUUAACUUUUUCAUUGAAAUACUUUGCAUUUUAUAGUGCCUUUCUUAGAAUUCUAAAACUUAAAAAGAUUUUUAGCUUUCCAUAAUUUCUGUUAUCUUCAUUAUAUAUGUCCAGAUUUUUUAAAAAGACUUCUCUGUGAUGAGAACUGUUUAAAAGUUGUUUGUUGCAUGAAUUGCCUCAGUGCACCAAGGAAAACAGCGUCAGAAGUUAAGAGUGAAUCAGAUAAUUACACAUUCUGCUAUAAAUUAAAUUGUAUAUAAAAUAAUUUUUCAUUUUUCUAAAAUGAAAAUGUAUGCUAAAAAGCUUCUUGGAAUUUCUGUCUGGAUUUGCUUACUGUUUUUAAAAUUAAUCUUGUCAGUGAAAUUCAGCUGUAUCAUUGCCACCUAGUGGUAAAAUUAAAAUUACUGUUAAGCUGUGUGGUUUUAAACUUUACUAUUUAGUAAAAGGUUCACUGCUUUGUGGCCUUGAGUGUGACUCUUGUGCCUCUUUCUCUAGCCUAUGAGAGACUACUCUUUUCUUGAUUUAUAGCUAUUUGCUCUUCUCGAAAGCUGCCAACACUGGUAGGCUAACAGUUCUGUUUUGGACCCUUGCAUCCUUGAACAUAAUUAUAAAAGCUGCCAAUUACUGAAUACCAUGUUAUGUUCUAAGGAAUGGACUUACAUAAUCCUCAAAUUAUGAAUUAGGUAGAAAUAUUGAUGAUCAGCCCACACUCUUAAUUGCUGAAGAUCACAGGUAAGAUUUUAAGCCCAGGUAUUUGACACCAAAACUUACGCUUAUAUUAUCCAACCUAGGCUAACCUCCUAACCUUUUCCAAUCUUCAGCUUUAUUCCUUGCCCACCCCCCCACCUGCCACAGGCAUUUACUUUUCUAUUUCCCAGUGCACUUGUGGCAGCAUUUGUCCUUAGUCGUCUUCUUUCACCACUCUGUAGUGUCUGUUGAUCCACAAUUUACCUGUUUAUCCACAGCCUAAUCUGGAUUAUCUGUUUUCUGAUUUCUAGUUAGCCAUGCUCAGUGAGAAUCGUUUCUCAUUUCAACAAUUUAAAAUCCAGCAUUGGGAAAAUAAACAGGUCAUGCAAACAUUUCUCUUUAAUUCAUGAGUCAGUCCCAAAGAGAAUCAGAGUUGGCACAAUACAGUACCAAAGAUCUGGAAACCACUACUACCAAAAGCAUAUGAGCAAGUAUACACUCAGAUCCAUACAGAUCAGAGGGGGAAAAAAUGAAGCCCCCAAAUGAGACAAUUUGGCAAGAGAAUGAAAUGAAGGGUAGAUUCAAAUACAAGAGGGGGUAGUUAGAGGAGAAGAAAAAAAUUGAAGGAAAGUCUUUUCUGCAGUUAGGUGUGUUUUGUAAUGAUGUACAUUUCAGCAUCCUAGUGCCAAGUUAAAUGCAUUUGAUCAGUAGCUGGGACCAUUUAGUGGAUGAUACCAGGAGCUGGUUGGAUACUCCAUCUUCCCCAAACUCAUAAAUCCUUAGUUCUCAGUUCCUGUUUCCUCAGUGCCUCACUAGAGGCUGUGUUUGGCUUUGUAUUUCUCCAUUACAAAAUUAGCCAUAGGCUCCUGAUCUUUCCCAUUGUCAUCAACUUGAUAAAACAUCUCUCAGAAAACCACCGAUACAUUACAAUGUUUCUUUAAACCCACACUCCUAGUAGCCAAGAAUUCUGUAAGUUUACCUGUAGGGGUUGAUGUAGGACAUUACAAAGUUGCUUUUAAGAAGAGAUUUGGGCUUUUUGCAGGUGGAUGGAUGAGGGAAGUGGAAUUUGCCAGGUUUAGUGAACCAAAAAUUCGUUGAGUUUUACUGUAUGUAUAAAACUGUGCUGGGGGUUGUAGGUUUAGGAAAAUAUAAAAGAAGAGGGAGAGUGGUUCUUGUCCUUUAAGGAUCUUGAAAUCAAGGUGGAAAAAUAACAUUUGAAAAAAACAAAACCAUCUGGUUCAAUUAUAAGCUCAUAUAAAACAGCCAAUAUAAUGUGAUAUGUACUAUGUAAGGAAACCGUCAUGAUUUAUUUUGUUUAUUCAUUAUUUCACUGGCUUCUACUCUGUAUAUCCUCUACAUUUUCCGCUUUUCUUUGUUCUUGGUUUUUACUGCUCCUGAGUGACUUCAUUUAUUUCUGUUACCUACAUGCUUUUGAUCCCAAGUCUCCAGUCAUCUUGUCUUCAUAAAUCCAGAUUUUUAUUUUCAAUUGAGAAGCAGGAUUUAAGUCUGGAAGGAAAAUUAAAAUUGUUGCUUUGCUUCCCAUCUAAAUUAAACUCUCCAUUAGCAUUGUAAUGUCACAGCCACCUGGAUAGGCUAAGGAAUUCAAAUAAUUUUUUAACUGAAUGCCAAAUUAAACUAAGUUAUCUUGAUCUGAAGUAGCAAAAUAAAUAAUUAUUUUCUUAUCUA